AGUGGCGGGAAUUUGGCUCGUUCACACCUGGCAAUCGCGAGUAUGGCCACAACCAAGCACCUCCCGUGGGUCGAGAAGUAUCGGCCAAAGACGGUGGACGAUAUUUCGCACCAGGACGAAGUCGUCAGCGCACUCCGCACAUCGAUUGCAAACGGUCAACUGCCCCAUUUGCUGUUUUACGGACCUCCCGGGACAGGGAAGACGUCUACAAUUAUUGCCGUGGCGCGUGAGUUGUUCGGUCCACAGUUCCGCGAGAACGGUCGGUUCCUCGAGCUGAAUGCGUCAGACGACCGCGGUAUAUCGAUCAUUCGUGAAAAGGUCAAGUCGUUUGCCCAGGGCGCGAUUUCCGGGUCCUCAACGAUGCCUCCGUUCAAAAUCAUCGUGUUGGACGAAGCCGAUUCCAUGACGAAUGAUGCGCAGUCGGCGCUGCGUCGCAUGAUGGAGAACUAUUCCAAAGUCACGCGGUUCUGCCUCAUUUGUAAUUACGUCAGUCGCAUCAUUGAGCCCGUGGCGUCCCGAUGUGCCAAAUUCCGUUUCCAGCCGCUCGAAAAGGUGUCGAUGGCGGCGCGAAUUGAACACGUGUGCAAAGAAGAGCAGAUUUCCAUCAACGAGAGCGCGGCAAAAGUGCUCAUGGACGUGUCUGGAGGAGACAUGCGGAAAGCGAUCAACUAUCUCCAGAGCGCGCACCAGCUGAGCGGCGACAAGAUUACCGAAGACGCAAUCUUGGCCAUUGCCGGGGUCGCGCCAAAAGAACUGUUUCACGUCAUGUGGCAACACGUGGCCAAGAACUCGUUCGACCGACUCAAAGGCGAAAUCGACGACAUCAUUUACAGCGGGUACCCCGUCCUGACGAUCCUUCACCAGCUCGCGGACGAAGUUGUCGGCCACCCCGACAUGGACAUGUUCAAGAAAGCUAAAGUCUGCCUGCGCAUCGCCGAGGCCGACAAGAAACUCGGCGACGGCGCCAGCGAGUACAUGCAGCUCCUAGACGUUGCCGCGUUCCUCAUGCGGACGUACCACGAGUAACCCACACUCGCCACAAGUCUGCUUUCGCCGUCCAUUCCUCCAUGGUACAAAUAUCCACACUCCAUUCCACUUCAUCAACCCACACGUUGCGUGCACAAACACCAUGGGACCGAGCUGCCUUUGCCAUCGAG